AAUGUUUAAUUAAUAUGAAUAACCACGCUCCAUAUUAAGAGUAUUUACGAGUUUUUUUUUUUUUUUUAUUAAUGGCUAUCGCCACGAAGGCAUUUGCCAGCAUCACGUCAAUAUAGUUCCCCAUAAAACGGGAUUACGAAUUUAGCACGAAAGAUUUGGUCAGAUUAAGGAGUAGGGAAUAGUUAUAAUUGUUAAUUUUGAUAAAAUUUGAAAGGAUUCGAAAUACAGAGGGAUUAGGAGUUAAAAGAGAGGGCAUAUUUACGAGUUUCUUAAUAUAUAAAAUAUGUAUAAAAUACGCUGCCUGUGGAUGAUAUUGUCACUAAAACGUAGUGAUUAUAUGCUCUUUGAUUGUCACAGCUGUUUUUUUUAUUCGUAAUAAUGGCUUCUCUGUUACCUCGCACCAUGCUCGUCUGCUACAGUUAUUUUUUUUUUUUUUAAUAUGGCUUACUGUUGAUUGCCAGUGUCAUGCCGAUUUAUUUAUGAUAACAAACUUAUUUUGGGGGCGCGAAUUUUUACAGUUACAGUUUAUGUAACUACCGAACGCACCCAUAGAUGUAUUAUAAAAGAACUCCCUGAACGCAUUUUGAGUGGAAAAAAACGUACAUCAACUGUCAUGGUCUAUGGCAUUAUGAAGGGCAUUCAUUCAUGUCAUGCGGCCGCCAAAGAGCAUAUAUUAUUUCAUUUUCGUCAUUUCGUGAAUAUUGUUUUGCUGUCUGAUUUGUAUGGUUUUAAGGGGUUGUUAAUGAGAUAUAAAAGUAAAUAUUGCUUUUAUAGUAAGCGUUGCUUCAUGCAUCUAAUAAGCCAAAAAUGAGUUCUGUAAAGAAAACUGGCGGCAAACGUCCGGCAAAGCAAAUUAGCAAUGUGUUUUGUUGUCGAGCUUGUCUCGCGACUGAAGGAAAGCUAGUCAACAUGCUUGAGCAUAAACUUGUUGGAGAGUUCUUCCGUGUUACAGGGAUUGUUGUAACUGAGAAGGACAGGCUUCCCCUGCACUUAUGCGUUUGGUGCGCUGCUCUCAUGCAGCGCUGCGCUGCGUUCAGAGGCAAGUGCCUCCGGGCCAACGAGUUACUGCUGCCUUUGAAGGGAGAAUUGACUACAGACACCGUUUGUGCCAUGGAUCGCUUGGCCAACCGACUAGUUGACCUGACUCGAACUAACAUCGAAGUUGACAGUAUAGACGGUCUAGGCAUGCCACUUGUUGUAGAGCAACCUAUAGCAACGGAUGAAGUAAAGAAAGCAUUGUAUAUGGAAAUACAAAGUUUCAACGAAAACGAGAUUAAGAUUAACGUUGUAAAAGACGAUAAAAUAGAAGAAAUAAAUGAGACUGAGGACAUGUUUGAUGUUGAAUAUCUUGAUACAUUUGAAGAUGAUAUUUAUGAAAAUACACCGACAAAAAGUGAAGCCAUCUUAAAUGAGAAUGUAGAAGUUAACAUGAAUAAGAGUGAGACAAGGAAUAGAAAUUUAAAUACAUCUAUGGGAAUGAAGAGACAGAGAAAUAAUAAUUAUACAGGAGAUGAUGAAGUUGAUAGUGCAGGUAGAAGAAAGAAGAAAUUGAGGUCUGCAGAGAACGGUUUUUUGCCGACAGUGAAUAUGGAAGAAUUUAAGAAAGCCUUUAAUGUGGACGUUGAAAUAUUAACACACGAGGAGCAGCUGGCCGAGAUAGAGGCGCGGCGCGGCACGGCGGAGUACGCGGCGGCGCCGCACCCGUGCGCGCCGUGCGGGCGCCGCUUCACGUCCGAGGACGCCUACAGACAUCACAAGCUCAAACAUGAUAGGAAAGAACCAUAUGUAUGUCCGGUGUGCACGAUCCGUUUCCACAGAAAAGGCAAACUGUGGAUGCAUUUGGACACACAUCGCAUCAAGUAUGUGUGCAGGGAGUGCGGGUUCGUGUCCCGGACGAGGCACCAGGCGCGGCAACACCACUUGUUUCACGCCGGCAAAAUAUACACGUGCAAGUACUGCGGGAAAGAGUUCAGGAAGGUAUCGACGUACCUGGGUCACGUUCGCCAGCGACACAAGACGCUGAACGUAGCGUGCGACAUGUGUGGAGAGACCUUUAUCAACGACAUGGGCCUGCGCAUGCACAAGUCGUACGUUCACGGCGUGCAGAAGCUGCGAAAGAAGUAUCGAGAAUGCAAGACCUGCUCAGUGACGUUCAUCAGCGAAGACGCCUUGAAGAAGCAUCAGGAAGCAGGAGUUCAUAAAGAUGGUGGAGAACAUGCUGAGAUGAGUCCGUGCGUGCAGUGCGGGGAAAACUUCCAUACUGAGGACGCAUUGAAGGAACAUGCGGACGCGGAGCACCCAAGCUGCAACGUGUGCAAGUCGACAUUCCUGAACGCGGAGUCCUACGACGUGCACAUCCUGCGCAAGCAUCUCGGCCAGGGCGACUCGCAGAACGAAAAGAGACACGCCGCCAACCGUCGUGCGCUGGCCCUCGGCCUGGCGCCGCCCUACCGGUUCCGGAGCCGGCACCCGCAGAAGCCAAUCCCGAAAGAAAAAUAUGAUAAGUGCUGCGAGCACUGCGGGCAGAUGUUUGCGAACUCCUUCACUCUCCGCAAUCACGUGCGGAAACACACGGGCGAGCGGCCGUUCGCCUGCGACAAUUGCCCGAAGCGCUUCGAUUCGAAAGGGAAAUUAGUGUGCCACAUGACAGUGCACAGCGGGGAGAAGCCCUACAAGUGCGAGCUAUGCGACAUCCUCUUCACCAGGAAGGGCAAUCUGCAGAAACAUGUCCGCAUCGUGCAUAUGGGCAUCCGCAAAAAUUCCGAUUGUGACAUCUGCGGUCGCGUGUUCACAACACCGUCCACCAUGAGGAUGCACGUCCGCACCGUCCACAAUGGCGAGCCGUGGCCUAAACGCGCUCCGAGGAAGAAAAAGCCACAAACAUAUAUUAUAGAAGAGGCUAUAGAAGAGAUACAUACAAAUUCACAAGAUGAACAUAUAGAAGACAUUAUAGAAGAAAUAGAAACAGAGGUAAUAUAUUAAGACAACUUCUUUACCUCGUCGCCAAUGUAUAUCACCAAUGUAUCCCACUUCUGAAGUCUUUGUACGGUGUAAUCAUAUUAUAAUUACAUAGACUAAUUUGUUAUUUUGAUAAUAAAAAUCAAUGAUCAUUAUAA